AUCAGCGGGGCGCUGUCAGGGCGUCAGCGCCGGCGGCUCCGCGCGGCCGGCCCCGAGCGCGUUUCUUAUCGCAGACAGGCACCGGGGGCCGGGGAUCGCAUCAUUAUCAUGGGCACUAUUUGCUUUUCGCGGCGCUGCUGUUUGCUUUUCGCUCUCGCCUGGGUCGGCAGGUUGGCGGGAGGAAACGGGGGCGCAGAUGUUGACGAAUGUGCCGAAGCUACAGAUGACUGUCACAUCGAUGCAAUUUGUCAAAACACGCCAAAAUCCUACAAAUGCAUCUGCAAGCCCGGGUAUAAAGGCGAAGGGAAACAAUGUGAAGAUAUCGACGAAUGUGAAAAUGACUUCUACAAUGGGGGCUGUGUCCAUGAAUGUAUCAACAUUCCAGGCAACUACAGGUGUACAUGCUAUGAUGGCUUCAUGUUAGCCCAUGAUGGCCAUAACUGUCUUGAUGUUGAUGAGUGUCAGGAUAACAAUGGAGGAUGCCAGCAGAUUUGUGUAAAUACUAUGGGCAGCUAUGAAUGUCAGUGCAAAGAGGGCUUUUUUCUGAGUGAUAACCAACACACCUGCAUCCAUCGCUCCAUUGAGGGUAUGAACUGUAUGAACAAAGAUCAUGGGUGUGCACACAUCUGCCGGGAGACACCCAAAGGUGGGGUUGCCUGUGAAUGUAGGCCUGGCUUUGAACUUGCCAAAAACCAGAAGGACUGCAAAUUAACCUGUAACUAUGGGAAUGGAGGCUGCCAACACACCUGUGAUGACACAGAUACUGGCCCUGUAUGUGGUUGUCAUCAGAAGUAUGCCCUGCAUUCAGAUGGCCGAACCUGCAUUGAGAAGGAUGAGGCUGCAAUUGAGAGUUCUGAGUACAAUGCCACGUCAGUAGCUGAUGUGGACAAGCGGGUGAAACGGCGGCUACUUAUGGAAACAUGUGCUGUCAAUAAUGGAGGAUGUGAUCGGACUUGCAAGGAUACUGCGACCGGGGUACGAUGCAGUUGCCCAGUUGGAUUUACCCUGCAGCCUGAUGGGAAAACAUGCAAAGACAUCGAUGAGUGCUUGGUAAACAAUGGUGGCUGUGACCAUUUCUGCCGAAACACAGUUGGCAGCUUUGAGUGCAGCUGCCAGAAAGGCUAUAAACUGCUCACAGAUGAACGGACCUGCCAAGAUAUAGAUGAGUGUUCCUUUGAGAGAACCUGUGAUCACACCUGCAUCAACUACCCUGGAAGCUUUGAAUGUCUCUGCUAUAAAGGAUACACUUUGUACGGACUGACGCACUGUGGAGAUAUUGAUGAAUGCAGCAUCAGCAAUGGUAGUUGUGACUAUGGGUGUCUUAAUACAAUGGGGAGCUACGAGUGUGUCUGUCCACCUGGAAAGAAAUUGCAUUGGAAUAAAAAGGACUGCAUUGAGAUGGUGAAAUGUGUCCCAAAUGCCAAACCAGCACCCAAGGCUCAGCUAGUCUGUAGCAAGGCAGGAGGCAUAGAGAGCUGCUUCCUGUCGUGCCCAUCUAAUACUCUUUUUGUUCCAGAUUCGGAGAACAGCUACACGCUAAGCUGUGGCAUCCCUGUCCAGCAAGGCAAGGCUCAGCAGAAACGCAAUGCAACCCUGCCCAGCUGCACAGAUUCCCUGGCCCCUCCAAUCAAGCAGAAGGCUCGAUUCAAAAUUAAAGAUGCAAAGUGCCAUUUACGACCUCGCAGCAAAGAUAAAAUGAAAGAUUCUGCAAAGCAAGCUGCUUUGGGAGGCCAAUUCCCUUGUACAGACAACUGCCAGGUGACCUUUGUGAAUCUCAAGUGUGAUUCCUCUAAGAAAAAGCGCCGAGGCCGCAAGUCACCAUCGAAAGAAGUAUCCCAUAUCACCGCAGAGUUCGAGGUGGAGAUGAAAUCAGAAGAAGUCUCAGACACCUGUAACAUUGACUGUGUUCGGAAAAGGAUGGAGCAGAAGCUGCAAACUGCAAUCAAAACAUUGAGGAAAUCUAUUAAUAAACAGCAAUUUUACAUUCAGUUUUCUGGGACAGAAUAUGAAGUGGCUCAGAAGCCAGCUAAAGCUACUGAAGGGCAUGAAGCUUGCAGUACAGGGCAAGUGCUGCAGGAUGGAAAAUGUGUUACCUGCAGCACGGGCACUUUUUAUAGCGGAGAACAAAAUCAGUGCGUUCCCUGCUCACCGGGAACAUACCAAGACACAGAAGGUCAGCUCAGCUGUGAGCCUUGCCCAAGUAACGAUGGACAGGGAGUAGCAGGCGCCCGGAACAUGUCAGAAUGUGGAGGGCAGUGUUCUCCUGGGCACUAUUCUUCAGAUGGUUUUAAACCUUGCAGAGUCUGUCCUCUUGGUACAUACCAGCCUGAAGCAGGAAGGACUCUCUGCUUUCCAUGUGGCGGUGGGCUUGUGACCAAGCACGAAGGCGCCGUUUCCUUUCAGGACUGCGAAACAAAAGUUCAUUGUUCUCCUGGACACUACUACAACUCCACAACACACAGAUGUAUCCGAUGCCCUGUGGGAACAUACCAGCCCGAGUUUGGUCAAAACUACUGCAUCACCUGCCCUGGGAACACAAGUACAGAUUUUGAUGGCUCCACUAAUGUUACACACUGCAAAAACCAGCACUGUGGAGGAGAACUUGGGGAUUACACUGGCUACAUUGAAUCACCCAACUAUCCUGGAGACUACCCAGCCAAUGUCGAAUGCAUUUGGAAUAUAAAUCCACCCCCAAAGAGGAGAAUACUUAUCGUUGUACCCGAGAUAUUCCUCCCAAUUGAAGAUGAAUGUGGUGAUGUUUUGGUAAUGAGAAAAAGUGCUUCUCCUACUUCAAUUACUACAUACGAAACUUGUCAGACUUAUGAGAGACCUAUUGCAUUUACCUCAAGAUCAAGAAAGCUCUGGAUUCAGUUCAAGUCAAAUGAAGGAAACAGUGGCAAAGGAUUUCAGGUCCCCUAUGUGACUUACGAUGAGGAUUACCAACAACUAAUAGAAGACAUUGUUCGAGAUGGUCGAUUAUAUGCAUCAGAGAACCACCAAGAAAUUUUAAAGGACAAGAAACUGAUCAAAGCUCUCUUUGAUGUACUGGCACACCCGCAGAACUAUUUCAAGUACACAGCACAGGAGUCAAAAGAGAUGUUUCCAAGAUCAUUUAUAAAGCUACUGCGAUCAAAAGUCUCCAGAUUUCUACGACCAUACAAAUAGUCUAGUGGCAGUCAAUCUGGGGCCACUUUCCAUUUCUGUCAAAUAUUGUCCUUCUUCACAAGUAGAAACAUUUCCUUAUUUGAAGGCUCUUCUUUGCAGUCUUUGUUUUCAGUUGUAUAUUGGAAAAAUACCUAUAAUGUUCUAUAACCAUUAAAAGCCAAUGUUCUGAGUGGGAUUUUCACUAAAAAAGAACAAGAUGCAUCCCUGAGUGCAUCUAGCUGAAGAUUCACAUUGUGUCUGCACUUUCAGUCUGAAAGUACAUGAUUCAGAAAAUAUUCUUUCUAGCUUUUUUAUUUUUCAUCAAAACCUACUUUUUGUCAAAGCAGAGAAGAAAUCUAUUCAAACCUGAUGAAACUACCUGCAGAUAAGUUCUAUUGUAGAAAGAAGUAUGUAGUAUAAAUAAUAUGUGGAUUGUGACUUGCACUUGAAGUUUAUAUUUGAAUCUUGAGGAGAAAAAAAAAAAGCAAUCUAAAUGUUGUUAUUUCUCAUUUGUGGCUUAGGGGAACCUCCGUGCAAGUAGAAAGCAAAAGGGUAAAAAGAGAGAAAGAAGGAAAGAAGGAAAGGGAAGAAGGUAAGGAAAGAAGGAAAGGAGGAAAUUAAAUUAGGGAAGGAAGGAAAUUAAAAGAAAAUGAAAAGAAAUAAAAGAAACAAAGAAAGAAAAGCAACAGAUGUAUAAUUUUAUCAGUUACAUUAAAUCUAGUCCCAUGCCCUAAAAUGCUAAUGCUUUUAUCUACCCUCUUCCAACUGAAGAGGUUUGCCACUGGCGAUGACUUCACUGAAGCAGCUUUAACUGUGCACCAGCUGGGCCCUCUGAAGGUAUUUACAGUAGGACAGGUGAGAAAUGAACACCUCCAAUACCAGUAGUAGUCCUGUUUGUCUUUCUGUUAAUAGGUCAUCUAAUUAAUUACAAUAUAUAAAUAUAUAAAUACACACUUUUAUUUGUGGGUAUAUUAGUAAUGUUAUCUUUAGUUACUGUAAAUAUUAUUCAUGCUUAAAUCUUUACUGCCACACACCCUAUUUACUCCUAUCUAUUUGUAACUUUGUUUAGAUGAUUAAAUGACUUCUCCAAGUGCUUGUCACUUCCAUUAACACCAAACUGCAGCCUUUUGGAGUUUUAUAAUACUGGGUAGUGGUUUACAAUCUCUUCCAACAUAUCCUAUUCCAGGAAAAAUAAAGAUUAGUUAACAUGAAACUGCUGUCCAGUGAGGGGUCAACUAUUGCCUCUUCCCUGGAUGCCACUUACAUGCAGACCAACAGAGUUACCUCUGAGGACAUGGCACUUGAGAGAAGCUCACUAAGUAGUUUUUGUUGGACCUACCAUCAAUAAAACACUGGGAGCAUAUCUGUGACAGGUCUAGGCUCCCGUGGGGGUGAGGAGGACACAGUUUUGCAGAUGAGUUGGAUGGCAAUCCCUGCAGUCCUCAGAGACCUUUGCACUCCCUUUAAUAACAGAUUUGCAGCUGAAGUGCCCAUCAACUCCUGGGACUGUGCAGUCUGCAGGAUGGCAUCAGCCUCACGGUCAGGCCAUGCUCACAGUGACAGGUACUGCUGGAUUAAGAUGCUGUGUUUCCUGUGGUUUCCUGGCACAGGAGCUAAUUUCAAACAGUAAGUUUUUUUUACUAGUGUUUCAGCC